AUGCCGCUGACUCCUGAGAACCGGACUGGAUCGCAACAGCCUCCCAGGAACAGUAGACUACCAUCAGAGGACCCAAGAGAUCAAGCGCCGGGAAGGAACUCUCCUAUUGUUAGAGCCAAUAACCAGAACCUAAGCUUCAUUCUACUGACCUCUCUCAUGUUCAGCUUACUCUGUGUGUUUCUAUUCAUCGGUCGUCCAGUGGAUAUAACCUGCAUGAUACGACAAAUCUGCUUUGGGAUCUUCUUCACAGUAGCUGUGUCUUCUGUCCUGGCCAAGACCGUCAUAGUCUGCAUAGCAUUCAAGGCCACCAGACCUGACAGCUCCUGGAGAAAGUGUAUGGGAGUUAAGCUUCCUUAUUCUGUAGUGUUGAUCUGUUCAUCUAUUCAGGUUCUGAAUGCAGUUAUCUGGUUGUCAGUUUCUCCUCCAUAUCAAGAACUUAAGUUGAAUUAUCCUGGGAAGAUCAUCCUCCAGUGUAAUGAAGGCUCUGUCUUGGCUUUUUACCUCAUGUUGGGUUAUAUGGGGUUUCUGGCGGCUUUGAGUUUUGUUCUGGCUUUUAUGGUGAGGACUUUACCUGACAUCUAUAAUGAAGCCAAGUACAUCACCUUCAGCAUGCUGAUGUUCUGCAGUGUCUGGAUCUGUGCCAUCCCAGCCUAUCUGAGCAGUACAGGGAAGCACAUGGUCAUCGUAGAGAUCUUUGCCAUAUUGUCCUCAGGAGGUGGAAUAUUGAGCUGCAUGUUUUUACCUAAAUGUUAUAAUAUCCUGAUACAACCUGAACUGAGCAGUAAAGGGAAUUCUUUACAGAAAAUUGUUAGAAAAAAACUAAAUCAGUAA